UAGGGUGAAAGGAAAUAUGUGAGAUAAAACAUCAGAAAAAAAACUUGACAGAAAUAAUCAAAGAAGUUUACAUUGCAUGUAAGUACUUGAUUGACAUAUCGUAUGACUGAUCAGAUUGUCAAUGAACAAAAUCACAAGAGUGAAAUUGACGACAAUCACGUUACUUUGCGUUAAAGAUUUACCACACGGGGUAGGACUUUGUGUAUGGAGGACCACGCAUGGGAAAACAGUGGUGAAUGUUUUUAAUCUUUACCUUGUUGAAAAGGGAAGUUAUGACCAGGAAAAUUCUUGUGGAGAUAUUCAAAACUUGGCAGUUGUGCCAGGUGUAAGGAGGGCCUGCUCGUCACCUCGCAUGCCCCCAACCACAUCCAGCUCACCUCCGCAAACACUGAAUACCUGAGGAGUAGGCAGGCUUGUAUCAGUGAUCGCUGCGGUCACGGCAGGAUUACGCUGAAGUAAUUUUCUAUCCUUUAUUUGUGCAAACAUCAGGGGGCUCUGUGAUAGCCAAGAUAAAAUUCCUUUGCGAGAGGGACAGUGUCUUUCUGCCUACAACAUGAUGUGCCAUCACUGGCUCCUGAAACAACCAACGUUACCUGUGAUGCAAACGGAUACAUUGGACUCUCAUGGGACGUGGCUUGAGAGGAGACUCUUUCUUUAACAUACCGUGAAAUGGACGCUGCCUGCUUGAUAUUUACGACAUACUUGUGAUAUGUACGAGUGUGGAUUUCGGUGGGUGCAGCUUGUCAUUGUUAUUAGCGGGUUGGUACCUGACCAGGAGUGACAGUGGAUAUAAACACAUGUCAGAAUGCACGUCAGUGAUUUUCUCCGGAGUUGAAUUUACCUUGGUGAAAUAUUUUACAUUCCAUGACAGUUUCUUGUUCAUUUUAACCGAAAAGGUGACAGAUGGGACAAGAUGACUGACAACUGACUGUAAUAUAACGAGAAUAUUUUAGUGUUUGUGUCUAGUCACUAGGCUAUGGAUGUUUUACUGUAAUAUGACAGAAAACUGGUUGUAACUUGACUCCCACUUUGAAAUCACCACUGCUGGGGCUUGUAACGUCCUCGCCUGUCAUUCAAUGUGUUUAUGAAAUUGACAAGAAAUGUACCUGUGGUAAAUUUUACGAAAAUUUAUGUGCCGAACAUUGGAAUAACCUGGUUGAAAUUAAUAUGAUUUAAAAAAGAAUCCAUUUCAAGGUGUGCUGGGUCUUGUAAUACAAAAUCUACAGACAGAUUUUAUCAAGGGAUGCCAUGCUUCACUGAGUAGCAGAUAGCUGAUAGCAAGUUGUUUCUCUAUAGAGCUCACACAUGCUCAGGAUUUGUUAACAAACAUGGUGGAAGGAAGGCAAUAUAUUCUGAAUUAGGAUCACUGUGUUUGUGUUACGUAUUUCCUCGUCUCCAAGUCACGUAAGUUGAUAACAAGUUAGUAACGAGAAGGGGACAGAGCUUGUUUGUUUUUUGUAUUACGGGUAAUCAAGUGUCGUUUGAGAUAAACUAAUUACCAUGUCUGGAGAUUUGGUAACAAUUUCUGAAUUUUCUCGAGACGAUAUGCUUGACUCAAGGCAGAAAAGUCGGACCCCAUCACAAAGGUCAAGGACAAAUGGAUUUGAUGAGCACGAACUUGACAUGGAGGUACACAGUGCCGAUUGUCAUCGGAAACAAAGUGGGAAUGAGGAAGAAGAUCGUUCACAGACCCCCGUGUCAUGUGGACGUAACGACCAUUCAGCUACUCCUAGUCUGAGUGGAGGUAAACCAUCACGAAAAAGUAGUUCCGGAUCCUCACAAACAGAUUCAUCCCCUGUUGGUAAAAGUAGUGAAGCGUCUAUGAGACUUAAAGGUGGAAAGACGAUAUUGUUUGAAAACGAACCAGAACAGCUUAAACUUGGUUGUAAUCACUGUUCUCGGUUACGACGCUCCGAGGUUUUCGAGGAAGAGUUUUGCAGUCAGGGACCUCGUGUGAGACGCAGUGAAAGUGGAAAUGACCUGAGUUACGAAUUUUCACCGCGAGCUCGUGUUCCGAGUGAGGAUUUUGAUAGCCCAACAAGAAACCCCAGAAAAAUAUCUGGGGCUGAUUCCCCAUCCAAGACAAAUGUAAGGAGAGUCAGCAGCGGUGGGUCUGUUAACAUGGAUCGGUCUACGCCCCAGACCAAAAAUGUUCGACGGACAUCCAGUGGCGCUAACGUUGAAAGAAAUUCCUCUUCUAAGCAAAGAGUGCAGCGCAGCAGCAGCAGUGGGGAUAGACAUCGUGAAUAUGGUGCAUUACAUACUGCGUCUCGGGUUCGCAGAUCGGAAAGUGGAACAAGCAUCAAUAUAGAACAAGGCCGACCUCCAUCUCGUAAUUCAGACUCCCGCCCCCCUUCCCGAAACUCAGACAGACCACCUUCACGGGUCUCGGAUAGACCGCCUUCCCGUAAUAUGGAUAGACCGCCUUCCCGUAAUAUGGAUAGACCGCCUUCCCGAAAUAUGGAUAGACCACCUUCCCGUAAUAUGGAUAGACCACCUUCCCGUAAUAUGGAUAGACCACCUUCCCGAAAUGCUGACCGACCUCCAUCAAGAAACAUGGAAAGACCUCAUUCGCGGAACUCAUUCUAUCGCAGCGACAGCAACAGAAGCAUUAACUCUGAUUUUGGAGGGUCAAGGUCACAACAGUCUGGUCAAGAGGAAGGUUUAUUUCGCCGAAGUGAAAGCAACAGGAGUAUUAAUUCUGAUUAUGGUGGAAAUUCCCGUUCUCGUGGAUAUGCUUUGUUUGGAGACAGUGCAUCGGAUCAGUCAUUACACAAAAAUAGUUCCCGAGUUCGGAGGAGCACUAGUGGGAGUAACCUACAUACGAACCUCCAAAGUUCUCGGAAAAAAAGUGAUGGUUACCAAAGGACAAGUGUUGGUCAAAAUCAUUCACCCAAACAACCUAUGAUUUUAAGAUGUGCUUCUCGGGACGGAUCUAUUAGUUUAGACUCAGGAAACUUACUGCAACGGUCGCCUAGUGGAUAUGAAUUUGAAAGUCUUGCGGAUGCUUUUGCUCGAAGGAAAAGGGAAUUACUUGCUGCUGCACAUAAGAAGUCGAUAACGGCCAAAUCUGAGGAUGAAGUCAACACUGAGAAGGCCUGGAUGGACACAGAGAAGGUCUGGCUCGUCCACAAGGGGGGAUUUGCAGCCUCACACCUCCUCAAAGCAGACCCAGGGUCACUUCCUGAAGGAAAGGUCAAGGUCAAGGUUGAAAGUUCGGGAGAUGUGUUGGAAGUGGAUGAGGACGAUGUUGAAAAGGCAAACCCUCCUCAGUUUGACCGCGCUGAAGACCUGGCGUCGCUGCGUUACCUGAACGAGUCGAGUGCCCUGCACACGCUGAGACAGAGAUAUGCUGGGAACCUCAUCCACACCUACGGCGGCCCCUCCCUCAUCAUCCUGAACCCCAUGCAGCAGCUGCCUCUGUAUUCAGACAAGGUGGUCCAGAUGUUCAAGGGGUGCAAGCAGGAGGACAUGCCCCCUCAUGUGUUCUCCAUGGCCCAGAUCGCCUAUCGGGAGAUGUUGAGUUCGCGCAGGGACCAGUCCAUUAUCACCAUGGGCCGCAGUGGCGGCGGGAAAACUAUCAACGCCAAACAUAUCCUUCAUUAUCUCACCUUGUCAGCCGGCAGCAUCUACAACAUCCUGAAUGUGGACAAGUUGACCGCCAUUAUGUCACUCAUGGAAUCUUUCGGCAACAGUCGCACUCUGCUCAACACUAACGCCAGUCGCUACACACAGAUCACUACGCUGGACUUCGACCACUCCGGCCAGAUCAACUCCGCAUCAAUACAGGUGCUGAUGUUUGAGAAGAACCGCAUUGUGCGUCGUCCAGAGGGGGAACCAACCUUCCACGUGUUCUACUACAUGUUGGCUGGGGUGGAAGCACAGCUGAGGAAUGAACUUCAGCUUCAAGUGUUGAAUGAACACAACCUAUUCAUGACACCACUUCAGAAGCCCGAUGACCGGCAGAAGGCUAGCCUUCAGUGGGGGAAAGUCAUCCACGCCCUCCAGACCAUUGGGGUCUCAGACGAUGAGUCCAAAGCCAUCUUCUCCGUGCUGGCGGCCAUUUUCCAUCUAGGAGUGGCAGGAGCGACAAAAGGAAGCAACAACAAGUCUCAGUUCAACAAGCCGGCCGCAGCACAGAAGGCAGCCUCCCUGCUGGGGACCACGGUGGAGGAACUGGCCAGGUCCAUCUUCACCAUGUCCGGCACCUCCACUCUCACACGCAGCACCUCCAUGAGGGUUGGACCAGGGUCUGAAAAGUCGGGUAACCUGAGUUCGGACUCUGGAGCUUCACCUUUGGAACAUCUAGAGGCCUUUGUUGUAGGACUGUACUCUGAUGUCUUCAACGCUGUGGUGUCUCUCAUCAACAGAUCUCUGUCUUCCAACGUACGGACACAGUUCUCCAUCACAGUGGUGGAUGCACCAGGCUUCCAGAACCCGUUGACCUGUGGGCGGCAGAGUGGGGCAUCGUUCGAGGACCUCUGCAACAACUACGCCCAGGAGAGGCUGCAGCUGUUCUUCCACGACCUGUCCUUCACCCAGCAGCAGGACAGAUACGCACAGGAAAACAUUGACUGCGACUUUGAGUUUGUGACCAACAGCCCAGCAGCACUCGUGUCACUCAUAGACAAAGCUCCACAGCAGGGCACGGUACGCACUUCCACCCAGGACCUACGGGAUGCUGAGAAGAAAGGGUUGCUAUGGAUACUGGACGAGGAGGCCAUCUUCCCUGGCGCCACAGAAGACAGCUUCAUGGAGCGAUUCUUCUCCCAACAUGGAGAGCAACCUGUCAGACGUGACAGUCUGUUGAGGAAGGGUUCCCUUGGGCACACAUUCAUCCUGAACCACUUCCAGGGCACCAACCCCGUACAGUACAACGCCAGCGGCUGGCUCAAGUCCUGCAGGGACAGCCCCAUCUCCAGGAACGCCACUGUUGUGCUGCAGGACUCCAAGAAACACAACAUGAGUACGCUGUUCACCAGCGUGAAGGCGCCCGUGGCCGGUGUGGUCAGUGGGUCUAUUGUCGGGAUGGAGGGAACCACGUCACUGAGGCGGGUUGGCAGCAUGAGGAGGACCUUCAUGUCCGGCACUGCUGGGCUCAAGAAGAAGUCCAUCUGUCUACAGAUGAAGUUCCAAGUGGAUUCUGUGAUGGAGACCAUCAGGAAGACGAAGUGUCACUUUCUGCACUGUAUUGUGCCGCAACACUCGGCCGGCUUGUGUGAGCUCAAGUCCUCGUUGUCAAACGCCACCAAGCCAAACUCCCAUGAUGAGAUCCUACUGAAUGUCCCACUUGUCCGAGCACAGAUUCGUGGCUUUGAGAUCAUUGAUGCUGUCAGACUUUUCAGACAAGGAUUCCCAGAUUAUAUGCAGUUUUCCGAGUUCAGGCAGAAGUUUGAAGUGCUGGUUGCUCCCAAUGCUCGCCCAGAUAAGGAUAUGGAUGAGAAAAAGGCAGUGCUACAGGUGAUGGACAAUCUGGAUAUUGACAAGCUUAGCUACAGGAUUGGGCUCAGCCAGAAUGGACAUACUUCACAAAGUUCUCUAGUAUUUUUUCGGCCUGGAGCGCUAGCACAGUUGGAGGUAACGAGAGAUGAGAAGAUUACGGGCACUGUGACAGCCUUCCAGUCCUUCUGCAGAGGGUUCCUCGGUCGCAAAUACCUGGAGAAACUCAGGGUCCAGCAUCUGGCUGUCAACUGCAUCCAGAAGAAUGUGAGGAAGUACAUGUUCAUCAGAGACUGGGAGUGGUGGAGACUCUACACCAAGGUCCAACCCCUCCUGAACGUCCACCGCACAGAAGAGGAACUCCGUAACGCUGAGGCGGAACUAGAACAGAUGAAGACGAAGCUGGAGAAGGUUGAGAAGGACCGGGCGGACUACAAGCUGCAAUGUGACAAACUGGAAAACAGGUUGUCGGAGAUGACGGCCGACUUCAUGGAGGAGAACACGACCUCCCACAAUGCCACUGAGCUGCUGGAGGCGGAGACUGCUGACAGGAUGAGGCUGGAGAAGGAUCUCAAGGAUGUGCAGUCCAAGUAUAACGCGAUCAAAAGACAGAAUGAGAGACUUGAGCAGGAGGUGAUGCAGUCAAGGAUCUGGCAGGCACAGACACUCGAGGGGGAGCUGGAUGACGAUGCAGAUGAUUCCAUCUACAAGGAACGUUAUGAGCGGCUGUCCAAGGAGCUGGCAAUGACCAAGAAGAGGCUGCAUCAGCAACAUGAGGAGGAGAUGGAGCAGGAGCUGCAGUCCCGGCGACUCCUCGAGAAGAGGUUGCACGAUGCAGUAGAGGAGGCGGAGGAACAGCGCCGUCUGGUGCAGCUGACCAAGAAGAAGGUGCAGCGCAUCACGCAGGAGAUGCAGGACACCAAGCUGCACCUGGAGGAGCAGAUGACGCGCAACAACGAGCUGGAGCGGAAACAGCGCAGGUUUGACACGGAGUUGAACAUGGCCCAGGAGGACGUGAGAGACGAACACACGCUGCGAGAGAAGCUUCAGAAGGAGAGAGACAGUCUGAUGUCCGAGAAAUACACUCUGGAACAAGAUGUGCAGCGCUACAAGAUGGACUACGAGUCCCAGGUGGAGAAGAAUGAGAGGCUUGAGAAAGAACUUACUGAUCUCCUGUCUUCAGGGAAAGACAACAAUGAGGUGGUGGUGCUGAAGCGGGCCAAGCACACGUUGGAGUCCAAGCUGCGGGAACAGGAGGAGGAGCUGGACGACCAGGCCGGGCAGAUACAGCAACUGGAGCAGGGUAAACUACGUCUGGAGAUGAACCUGGAGCGCAGUCGUCAGCAGCACCUGAAGGAUCUGGAGGAGAAGGAUGAGGAGAUGGAGGAGAUGAGGUUCAAGACCCAGAAGAAGUUGAGGCAGAUGGAGUCCCAGGUGGAGGAAGAGUACGAGGAGAAGCGGCGAAUUAUGGAGGAGAAGAACAACCUGGAGAGGCAGAUGGAGAAUAUGGGAGCACAUGCCCCAGCCAGGGAUAAGGACACUGAGAAGAGGCUCAGAAAGACUUUGAAGAAGACGAAGGCUUUGUUGAAGGAUGCUGGCAACACACUUCAGAAACAGAAGACCGUAGAGGGAGCCAAGGUGCAGAUACACCAGCUCAAGAACCAGCUGGAUGAUGCCUUGUUCUCCUCUCAGGCAGCGGUGAAGGGCAAGAAACGCAUGGAGCUGGAGAUACAGGACCUUCAGCAGCAGAUAGAGGACUUCUCCCGCAGCAAACAGGAGGCUGAGGACCGCUGUAUGUCGCUUUUGAGGGAGAAAUCUGACCUCCAGAACAAGCUGGAGGAGAACGAGGAGGACCUGACCGAGAUCAUGAAGAAGUACAAGGCUGCUGUACAACAGCAAUCUGUUGAUCACAUAACACUUUCAUCACAGCUUCAGCAGAUAGAAGAAUUAUCGACAGAGAGAUGUAACCUCCAGCAAGAGGUGGAGAAUCUCUCAUCCAGGGUCAUGUCGUAUGAGGACACAAGCGUGGACAAGCACUCCGUCACCCGGCUAGAGAACAAGAUCCGAGAGCUAGAAGGAAAACUGGAUCUGGAACAGACAACUAGGCAGAGAAUAGAGGUCCAGGUAUCCAGGUUGAAGGAGCAGCUGGAGAAGGAGAAGACGGAGAAAGGAGACAUGGGAAUGUCGAAAAUGCAGAUGGAGGAGUCGAUGAAGCGUCUCCAGAAACAAUUGCGGGAUCUCCGAGAAGAGUUGACAGACUCCCAGAAGAAGGAAUUCGAUGCCACCAAUAAGAAACAGGAACUGGACAACAGAGUGGAGGAACUGGAGGUUGACGCCAUACAGAACCAGUCUGACCUGAAGCUGGCCUUCAAGAGGAUCAAUGACCUGCAGGCUGCCCUGGAGGAGGACCUGGACAGCGAUGACAGUCUCCUGUCGGACAGUGAUGACCUUGAUGAUCUGUCGGAUGAGGACAUUGACAGCUUCUUGGCCAGUCAUAAUCAGGCUCCACUGGGACAGCGGGGGAGCCGGUCAACAUCAGUGACCAGUGGCUCCCACGAAGAUGCACUUCACAGUCCUAGGUUCAAUGAUAUAGAUUGUACAUAGUAAUACUUUCAAUAGUGGAAGACGUGUGCUUUACGACAUGGUGAAGCAUAGCACUAGAUGUGAGGCUUGUGAGCCUGGUACAACUCUUCAGGAUACCUUUGGGCCAAGUGCAACAGAUUGUGUGUGUGUCGUCAUAUCUUGCAGUACGGAGCUAUCCACAUCGGCCGUCCGCUAUACGUGUCAGCAUUGUGUCGUACAUUUCGAUGUCAUAUUUCAUCGCUGAUGUAGUUACUUCAUCAACCCCCUGUUACUGUUUUCGUUUUCCUCUUGGACAGAACGUUGAGUUGCAGUGAAACCUUCUUCCGUAAUGAAAAAUCUUGGAUACAUAUCUGAGGAAUUUAUCUCCUGGGAAAACAUGGCGGCAAUUGCUGAAAUCGAAGGAUUGGAUUGUGGUUAAAUGAGAGGAUGAGAGAUUCAGUUGAGUCAAAGGAUUGAGGAUGUGAUGGAAUUCAAGUGUUGAAUGAGGAUUUCAACAGAUUCCUGAUUUCGUAGGAUUUAGCUGCACUUCUUUAGGAUUCCGGAUGUUGCCGAUUCUGCUGCAGUUUUGUUGGGUACCUGAUUUGAAGGAUCCAAAUGCAAUUCUUUGAGUUCCUGAUUUCUGCUGAAAGAUACAGGCAUGAAAGGAUUCAGUGGUUGAAAGGCUUCAGAGAAAGGCGGAUGACCCUCUGUUGACAUGAAGGAUGGUUGAUAGAAAGAUGCAGAGAAGUCAUAUUGAUGGUUGGUACAUUAGGAUUCAGUUGCUGUGGAAAAAUUGAAGGAUUUCACUGCACAAGUAGUGAGGCACUAUGGAUACUGAGUAUUCAGCUGCAGUACAAUUGAAGGAUUUCACUGUACAAUGGAUGGAUUUCAGUGCUGUACAAUUGAAAGGAUUUCAGUGCUGUACAUUUGAAGGAUUUCACUGUACAAUUGAAGGAUUUCACUGUACAAUUGAAGGAUUUCAGUGCUGUACAUUUGAAGGAUUUCAGUGCUGUACAAUUGAAGGAUUUCACUGUACAAUGGAAGGAUUUCAGUGCUGUACAAUUGAUGGAAUUUCUCUGUACAAUUAAAGGAUUUUACUGUACAAGUAGCAAGGCACUGUGAACAACUGAAGGAUUUCACUGCACUAGGAGUGAGGCGCUGUGGAUACUGAAUGAUUCAACUUCAGUAAUAUUGAUAGAUUCAGCUGUGCUGUGGAUGAUGAUAGAUUAAAAAAUUCCAAGGAUAUAUGGUGACGACUCACAUGUAGAUAUUACAAGGCUUACAUAGUGGUCUAGAGUUCAAGUGCUAUGUCAUUCAAGAGUGCAACCAUGGUUCCAUGUGAUGCAGAUAAAGUGGUUGUCUGUCAACACACAGGUACCAAUCCAAAUUCUAGCAGCACUGGGAAGUAGGCAGUGACACCAUACAUGAACCUCUAGCACUGGAGUGGCGGUCGGGUAGCCUAGUGGUUAAAGCGUUUGCUCGUCACGCCGAAGACCCGGGUUCGAAUCCCGACAUGGGUACAAUGUGUGAAGCCCAUUUCUGGUGUCUCCCGCUGUGAUAUUGCUGGAAUAUUGCUAAAAGCGGCGUAAAACAAAAACUCACUCACACUCUAGCACUUGAGGGCUGCAACUGAAUACGUAAAUGGAUUGCUUUCACGCUGCACUGAACUCAACUCCUAUCACUGAAGCAAAGAUGCAGGGCUGCUUGUCAUCAAAGGAUUCCUUAUCGAAAAAAACAAAACAUGUUUCUUUAAAGAUGUAUCUUUUUCAAAGCAGAGACACCUUAAAUAUGUCAUGCAAAUGACCGCUUGGAUUAUACAAAUAACAGGUCACCUGAAGUAAGCGGGGAAAAGGAUUGCCUGACUUCGACAAAACAAAGGAUGACAAAUGGUCACUGUGAAGAUUGGAAUUUGUAUCCUAGAAUGAGAUCUUGCAUCAUAGUGUAGAUAACAGAAUUUCUUUAGAAAUUUAUUUGAAUAGAUUCCAUUGCUUAAUGUUUUCUGAUAUGGUAAUUUCAGCUUACAGUAAGGGUCAGAAUCUUGUCACAGCACAUAUCUUGCAGGUGAAGAUUCUUCUUCUGGUUGUGUCAUGUCUGUGUUAGCCUGCACAUGGGUUCAAUUUCUUUGGUUAUAAGUACUGAAUAUAUUAUAUGAAUUCUACAGACUAUGCUUGUCGUAAGAGGCGACUAAUGGGAUUGGGUGGUCAGGCUCGCUGACUUGGUAGAUAUACGUCAUCGAUCCCAAUUGCAU